CCGAGACUCACGGACACACCAGCGCACACAGACACACACAAACACACACACUGUAUAACACUGUAAAAAUGCUCUGUUGGGAACUGUGCUUGGCUUUGCUCGUUAUCAGCCUCCAGGUUUGGGCUCUUCCUUCAACCAACAUCAAGAUCACACAAGCUCUGCCACUGCAACUGCCGGACUCCAGCCAGCCUGCGAUCUGCCCGCUCUUCUGGACCGAAUUCGAGGGUUUCUGCUACCGUUUCUUCCCUCUAAACCGCACGUGGGCCGAGGCCGACCUGUACUGCGCCGAGUUCUCCAACGGACACAGAUCGGGCAAACUCACCUCCAUCCACAGCUGGGAGGAGAACGUGUUCGUGUAUGAUCUGGUGAACAGCCGGGUACCCGGGAUACCUACCGAUAUCUGGAUUGGCCUGCAUGAUAGGAGACAGGAGGGCACCAUGGAGUGGACGGACGGCUCACCGUACGAGUUCAGUUACUGGGAUGGAAACCAACCCGAUGACGGGAUCCACCGGAUCCCUGAGGUGGAGGACUGUGUUGAGAUCUGGUACAGGCAGGACAGCGCGCUCAGGUCCUGGAACGACAACAGCUGCGAUCAUUCCUUCCCCUUCGUCUGUAAAAUCCCCACGCUGGACAACUAGCGUUCUGUCCGCCUGUUUUUCGCACUGUGGCCUGUCGUCUCUGUUCCUGCGGAGCGCAGAGACUCCGGACUCUCCCUCUUAGGUCAUCGGACGUGGCCGAGAACGCCGUCCAUCUGGGCUUCGUUUGGACCCGUGACUCAUCAUGCAAACUACACACACACACACCCUGCACCCUCACGCCAGCUCGUUCUGCCGGACCGUCAGAAACUCUGAUGUUCUCAGUCUUGUUGAAGUUAAAGUCAUUUCUCAUUAGAAAGGUAGUAGAAGAUCGUCGGCUGGUCUGGUGUAGAUGGUUGAUGGAUCUGGGGUUUCAAAACACAAAGCAACACAAAUCAGCACGUCUGGGUUCUCCACCCUCGUCCAGCUGGCUGCUUCCACACCGGGGACGCGAUUUUUUAUUCUUUUUGUAUUUAAAUACCUGCUGUUUAUAAUCUGCAUUUUCUAAUACACUCAUGUUUAGCAAAGGUUUGUUAAUGUCGCUCGAGGAGACCUGUGUAUCCAAUCACCAGAUUUAUGUAAUUAUUGGCAGGAGGUGUGUCAACAUGACGGAAUGAGAAGCUUUAGCCAAAUGCUCACAGGCUUGUCGUUAAUAUAAAUCAGUUUGCAUCUUGUCUUCAUUAAACUGGCAACUUCUCCAUCCAUGUA